AUGACCCAAGUCACAGAGUCACCAUAUCGAACAGAAAAGUAUUUGCACCUUCACGAAAGUGAGGACGACUACAUUCACGGCGAGCAAGACCUGCUUAGCAACGAGACAGUCUUCCCUAAUGAGUUAAAUCACACACAAGCUGUCAACCUAUUCCCCACAGGCCGUGCCAAUAUCUCCGACCUUCCGCGUUUCUUCACCCAGCCUGUCCGCAGCCACCACGAUGACGACGAUAACCAGUUUGCAGAAAGCAGUCAGAAUAUACUAAGGCGGUCGAUUGACUUUAUGAAAAGCAAAGUGAAAGGAUGGCGGAUUCCCUACGUGCGAACUACGCUACUCGUUCAUUCUAAUGCUUCUCCAAAGGACAUUGUUCUUCCACAUGACAUAUCAGACAUGGAGCAUAACAGACACCAGAAACGUAGACUCAAGCGAACUCUGACUGACAUUCCGUCGUUCUAUUCGGCAACGCAUCAGCCCAUUUUACAUUCUCCUAACAGAUUUCUGCCCCAAAUCCAUGCGAUCAUCACUACAGACAUUCAUGGAAAUAUUUUGAAUGCUAACGAUAUUGCUAGUUUAGUCUUUUGUUAUCCGAGGUCGGAACUAUGCAGUAUCAAGGCUCUUGAUUUGAUAGCAAGUUCCUUUUCCGAAAAGCAAAUUAAGGCUUGGACAAAGUCAGAGAACGGAGAGGAGAAUGAAUCGGUAUUGGCAUGUGGUAAAGUCAUAACGAUACAAAAGAAAAAUAACGAGGUGUCAGCUGCUUCUUUAUGGCUCAAAGGAAAGAAGGAUGAUUGCGGUAAUUCUAUAUUCAUUUGGAUCUUCCAGGAAAUUGUUGAAUCGACAAUGGAUAUCGAAGUCAACCAAGAGGGAACAAUUCUCAAAGCAUCUGGUGACCUAAAGGCUCUCUACAGCUGUCCCCCCGAAGAACUGGAAGGAACUAAUAUAACCACUUUAAUACCUAAACUCGAAACAAUCUCUGUAUCCACAGACGGUUCAUCAAAACCUAUUCUAAACAUCGAACAAAUAAACAAGACCAAAUUUUACGGCAGCUACUCUGCUCUCAGAGAAAAUUUCCCGAUUAUUGGAAAGAUUGUGCGCAAGAACGAGACCGCAAAUGAACCGGGAUCAGAGGCUAUGGACGUAUAUCGGUUUAAAAUCGUUUCUAUCUCGCCUAUUGUAGGAGUUAUUACUGCUUAUUCGUCGGGGAUUAUUCAGUCAUGUAGUCCGGAUCUCGCAAAAUAUUUGUUUGGAAUAAGUGGACAAGCAUUGAUCGGAAAGAAGAAUAUACAGUCUUUGUUACCACAAUUUCCGGGUUUGAUCGAGAUCUUGAAAUCAGAGAACGAACUAGUCGAGGGAACUGUAAUAUCUGAGAGUGCGUUCCGUCAUGCCGCAAUCUUGCUCAAGUCGACGUAUUCUAAUUAUAUCUCUACAACGAAAAUUUCCGCGUCUCCCCUACUUACACGCGGACCGUCUGGCAUUGCCGCGGUGCAUAGAGAUGGGACCGAAUUUAAUAUUGAUAUACAGAUGCGAGUAGUCGAAUCUUCUAACGAGCCGUUGCAUGCAUUAUGGAUAACAUACGACAGAAGCCUGGAAAUGGUUCCAAGCGAAAAUGACAAAGCUCGACCUGCCAUAGCAGAUUCAAAGAAAGAGGACGAGACAAAGACCGAAGAGGCAAUGCAGAGAGAAGAAACUGUAGACGAUGAACAGAGCAAUAGCGAUGAUGAAGAAAAAUUCCCAAUGUCGAAAUUCCUGGCCGCUGGUGGAAAACCUCCAACGCAAGUGGCCGAGGAUGGUGCGUUACCUGAUGCUAAUCCACCGGUAGUUUCAUCAGGCGAAGAAUCGUUUGAUCCUUGUUUGUAUUCGGCCGUUACUCAUGCAAAAACCAUUGAUGAUUACAAGAUUCUACGCAUCUUGGGAGAAGGUGCUUAUGGGGUUGUCAAGUUGGCAUACAAUAUGAAAGAUCCCGAAAAGAAACUAGUGGUAUUGAAGUUUGUCUUCAAGUCAAAGAUUCUUGUCGACAAUUGGAUACGUCAUAAAAUACUUGGUAAUAUUCCAUCAGAGAUACACAUUCUCCAUACACUCCGGCAACUCUCUCAUCCAAAUAUAGUACAAAUGACCGACUUUUUUGAAGACGAAAACCAUUACUACAUUGAAAUGAAUCUUCAUGGAACAGGAAUGGACUUGUUUGGGUACAUAGAACUCGACGCUUCGAUGCCCGAAACUGAAAUCAAAUCGAUAUUCCGACAAGUUGCCUGUGCGAUUGGGCAUUUGCACAAGAAUAAUAUCGUGCAUAGGGAUAUCAAAGACGAGAACGUUAUUUUGGAUGAGGAUGGCACUAUACAGUUGAUUGAUUUUGGGAGUGCUGCAUAUAUUCAAGACGGCAAGAAGUACAAUACAUUCCGUGGAACUUUGGAUUAUGCUGCGCCCGAGAUGUUGACUGGUCGGGAAUAUGAUGGUCCGCCGCAAGAUAUCUGGGCUCUUGGUAUCUUGUUAUAUACGCUUAUAUAUAGAGAGAAUCCAUUCUAUAAUAUAAAUGAGAUUCUUUCAAGAGAUUUACGUAUUCCGUAUAUAUUGUCAGAAGGUUCUAUUGAUCUUAUAAAAAAGAUGCUAAGCCGCAACAUAGACAAGCGUCCGACAAUAUUUGAAGUACUCAAUCAUCCUUGGUUAGAAGAGUGA